AUCAGUUGAUCAAAUCUUCUCAAAUUGUAUAGAAGAAUACCAUUCGCGAAAAUGAUAAAAUUGGUGAUUGCCUUUGCUUUCGUAGCUGUAGCUAGUGCUCAGCUUCGUCUCCAACCCUUCAGGGCUCAACCCCAACCCAUUACCUACCAACCUGCAAGGAAAGUACAAGCUUACCAAACUGGACAAGAAAUCCCAAUUCUUCGUCAAGAAUCCGACAUCAGCCCUGAUGGCAGCUACAAAUAUGCUUACGAAACUGGUAAUGGAAUUGCCGCUCAAGAACAAGGUGUAGGGGGACAAACUGCUCAAGGUGGCUUCGCCUGGACUUCCCCUGAAGGAGAACAAAUUCAAAUCCAAUAUGUCGCCGACGAAAAUGGUUACCAACCACAGGGUGCUCACAUUCCCCAACCACCACCAAUCCCAGCUGCCAUCCAAAGAGCUUUGCAAUGGAUUGCCGCUCAUCCAGAAAAGCCCGAACAAAGAUUGGUUAGAUUCUAAGAAGUUGUUUUGUUGUAUAGUUUAUAGUAUUAAAAAUAUUCAAAUUAAAUUUUUGUUUAUUAUUAGUAUUGCCCUUAAUAUUUAUUUGUAUGUCUAGACCUAAAAUGUUGGUACAAAAAUUAAUUUAACAGUUCUAUAGAGCCUGUAGUUUGAGGUUUGGAGUUUGG